AUGUCCACCCUUCCCGUAUUUUCUUCCGAUGAUGAUAUAUCGUCAGAACUACUUGGCCCUUUCAGGUAUUUGGUGAAGCUUUCAUUGCUAGAUUGUUCUGCAAAAUCUAAACGAAUGACUAUUUUCACAUGCAUUUUAGGACUUUUUAUGAUCGUAGUAACACUCAUAAGAAUUCCAAUUUUAAUGGAAACAGUUGGAACUCCAUUAUCGUUCGGAUGGGGAGAAGGAAAUUUUUUCGGAUAUUCUGCCUUAUUUGGAUUUGUGUGCUCCCUUUGUGUUUUUGGGUGGACUAAAAAUGGACUGGUCCAAAAGUUUUGCGGACGAUUGGUACGAGUUCGAAUGUUACGACAGGUGGCAAAUCCAAAGUUGGAUAAUUUUCGUAUUCUGCAUAUUCUUGCUCUGUGCUUCUCAAUACCUUGGUUUGUAGCAAUGAUGUCUUGGAUAAUCUACAAUUUCAUCAAUGGAAAGAUAUAUUAUGGAGGAGGAGAGCAAAAUUUUCUCUCGCGAAUUUUCAUUCUGGUUACAAACUUCUACAUUUGGUACAUAUCGACAAUCUGUCUUGCAAUUUACAUUUUUAUCUCUUCUGCUCUGAACCGCGAAGUUAAUUAUUUUAAUGAAGAGCUGCAAAAAGCAAAAGAAGAGAAAACAUUGAAAAACAUUGGCGUUUUAGAAAAAUUCGAUAUCCGACAGAAUGAAAUUCUCGAGAUGAUAUUAGUUACCAAUGGCUCACUUUCGAGCCUUGGCGGAUUUGCACCAUUUUUCUUGUUGUGGAGUCUAAUCAAUGGUAUCUAUAUCACCUCAUUCUUCAAUUCUAAUCCUCUUUUAUACUCAAUUAUUCUUGGAUUCAACCUUGCUGCAAUAAUUUUUUACAUAUUUUUCGUGCUGAUUCCACCAUGCACUCUACAAGAACAUCUGAAAUCUACCAACUGCAUUUUGAUCAAUAAUGAUGAAUUUGAAUGCACAAAAGAUCCAAUUGUAUAUCAAACUUAUCGGAUAAUGAUUGAUCGCCUACAGAAAAUUGAGACUCGAAUUUGCAUUAUAGCUUCCCUACCAAUUACGCAAAACACUUUUGCGGCAUGUACAUUUAUUAUUCCAAAUUUUGGUUUUCUGUUAAUAAUCAUUAAAAAAGUUAUUCUUGCCAAUGGUGGGCACGUUUGA